AUGCCCGCACCCACAAACACCCUUCUGAUUGAAGGGACGUUCACUGAACUUGCAGAAGAACUCGCCCAGUACAUCGACACACUCGCAAAGUCGGAGGAAGGCGCCGGGGUUCAAGCCGAAAUCGGACAACUACUCAGCACCAUCAGAGAGUCUGAGCAGUCACAAGAGCCUAUUGACGAGGCCGCAGUCCAAAGCCAGAAGAAUGAAGUGUUGAAAAAGAUCGUGACCAAGGCCUCAGUCCUCAACAGCGCUCCUGAGAGAGAAUUCUCCGCAGCAUACAACCUCUUGAUCAGCCUCUCUUCUCAAUCUUCCAUUUCCGACGGACUCUUCUCCAGAAUAUGCACGUAUCUGUCUGAGCAGCCCGUUACCUCCUCUCCCACCUACGGCGGCAGCCUUGCGCUGCAGACCCUUACAACCAUAUUCAACGUCCUGCCUCCGACAAGUGAAUCUCGCUACCAUGUGUUCCUCGCCAUCCUCAAAGUCAUGCGCCAAACGUCUUCCUCUCAGGCUUUCGAGGCGCUCAUCCCUCAACUCGAGACGAACAUCCCCAACUGGCUGUCCGCAUGGGAGCUCGAUGACGAAGAUGCCCGCAAUCUAUACGUAGGGGUGGCUGAUGUGGCUUCUGCGACCGGAAAUGAAGACCUCCAGUACACAUACCUCCUGUCUGCACUGCAGACAAUCCCUCCCGAAUCGGCGUCCGAGGCGGAGAGCGCAGAACUUGCACGACGUGCUCUGCGGGUGGCAUUGACAAAUCCCGCCAUAACGGAUUUCACACCCUUGACUACCAGUGACGCGGUCGUCGCGUUGCGGCGUUCGGAUAGCAAUCUCUUCGACCUCCUGGAGAUCUUCUCCUCAGACGAUUAUUCCUCAUACACCGACUUCCUCGAAACGAACAACCUGGCAGACUUAGGCAUACCAGAUUCCGCAGCUGAGACGCUGAGCCACAAGAUCCGCCUUCUAACACUGGCUACUAUUGCCGCAUCAUCAACGACUCGCUCGGUUCCCUAUAGCACCAUUGCAUCUGCAUUGCAGAUCCCCUCCGAAGACGUGGAGAUGUGGGUCAUCGACACCAUCCGAGCUGGUCUCGUCGAAGGCAAGCUCUCCCAACUGAAGCAGGAGUUUUUGGUUCAGCGAGCCACGUACCGCGUAUUCGGGGAGAAGCAAUGGGCCGAAAUCCAAGGACGCCUCAUGGUAUGGCGACGGAGUCUGGAGAGUGUGUUGACCGUUGUCAGGGCUGAGAGAGAAAAGUUUCUGAGGGAAGGGCCGACGUCGAACGGAGAUGCGGGCGUCAACGGUUACGGAGGUGAUGGGGACGGUCAGAGAAAUGGAGGGGAACGCCAGCAGCAGAGAAGACAGGGUGGCGACAGGGGUGGCCGUGGACCGCGUCGCGACAGGGGAGAUCAGCAGCAGCAGCAGGGACCUCGAGAGAUUGAGGUAGGUGGUGGAGAUUAG